AUGAGCGGCAAGAUGGAAAAGAAGCGCAUAGCCAUCGUUGGUAGUGGCAUAUCUGGCCUGAGCGCCCUCUAUGCACUCCGUAAUACCCAGCAUGAGGUGCAUCUCUUCGAGAAAGAGGAACGUCUUGGUGGUCAUACAAACACUGUGACAUGGACGCACAAUGGCAAGAGCACGCCCGUGGAUACGGGCUUCAUCGUUCUCAACACCGCUACAUACCCAAAUUUCAUAAAGUUUCUAUCGGCUUUGCAAGUCAAGACUGUAGCCUCAGAGAUGACCUUUGGGAUAUCUCGUGACGCUGGUGCUUUCGAAUGGUCUGGCACGUCAGGCAGCUCGCUUUUUGCGCAACCUGAAAAUGCACUCAAACCCUCGUUCUGGCGCAUGAUCUUCGACAUCAUUCGGUUCAAUCAGUUUGCUCUGGAUCUACUGGCCAUCACUCCAGGCUCACCUGCAGCUGUCGCCGCUACAGAGAUGAGCAUUGGCGAGUAUCUUGAAAGAGAAGGAUAUUCAGACGCGUUCAGAGACGAUUAUCUGAUUCCAAUGACUGCGUGUGUGUGGAGUACCGGCGCCGAUAAGUGUGCUCUUGAGUUCCCGGCAUUGACAUUGGUACGGUUUAUGUGGAAUCACCACCUGCUCAGCACGAUUGCAGAGAGACCGCCAUGGUUGACCGUUGAAGGAGGAUCUAGCAAAUAUAUCGACGCUGUAUUGGAGUUGGCUGGGAACUGUGAAGGCCAUCUUGGUACACCGGUCCUGGCUGUGACUAGGAAAAGCGGAAAAGUGGAAUUAAGGCUGGGUGGAAAAGGAGAGGGAAAGACGGAGGUAUUCGAUCAAGUGGUGCUUGCUUGUCACGGAGAUCAGGCGAGGUGGAUGCUAGGUGACGACGCGACAGUGGCAGAGAAGGAGAUUAUGGAUGCAUUCGAGACUACGCCGAAUACAGCAUAUCUGCAUUCCGAUCUUUCACUCAUGCCCCAACGACGCACAGCUUGGUCCGCCUGGAACUAUAUCACCACAUCCAAAUCUAAAGCCCCAUCGUACGCAAACCUGACCACUUCUUCGGGUGCUCUCGAGACCGUCUGCCUGACCUACGACAUGAACACUCUGCAGCAUAUCCCGCGCGAAGUUUACAACAACGUACUUGUCACUCUCAAUCCUCCACAUCCUCCCUCUCCGGCUCUGACCCAUGCAACCUACCAAUACCGACAUCCACUGUACAACUCCCGCAUGGUAUUUGCGCAAGAUCGGCUCCAUGAGAUUCAAGGAAAGCAAGGUAUCUGGUACGCAGGCGCAUGGACGGGUUAUGGCUUUCAUGAGGAUGGUUGUCGGAGUGGAUUGCAGGUUGGAGAGGCAUUAGGAGGUGAUGCUGGGUGGGAGGUGAUAGAUGCCAAGUUCAUGCGUGGAACGAAACCACUCCUUAAAUGGAAAGAUCACGUUGUGAGGUUAGUCAUUACGUUGGUUCAGAUGUGGGUCGGUAUAUUAGAAGGCUUUGCGGGUGUGAGGAGACCAAACGGUACGGCAUUGAAGGCAAAUGGGAAGAAAGAACUAUAG